AUGGAAGGUAUUGCGGAGCAAAUGCCCAAUGCAGAGAUGGCCAAUGUGUGUGCGCUCCAGGCUACACUGGUGACGCCUACGAUAUCUGCACUCGAGAGAGACCACUUCCGGACAACUGCCAUGGUGUGGAGUGCGGUUCGAAUGCCUACUGCCAGAAUGGCGUGUGUGGCAUUAAUGUGCCUUAUUCGAUGUGUUCUAGCCUCCUGCAUUGGAAUUCGUUGUGGUGUCAACGCUUAUUGUUCAAAGAGACGAUGCCAAUGUCGCCAUGGUUAUAUUGGUGAUCCGAACCAGAUAUGCUAUCCUGAAUGGGGUUCCUCAGGUUCUUCUGACCUUUGUGCCAACCUCGCUUGUCAUACUAAUGCAACUUGCUCUGAGGGGCAGUGUCAUUGCAACGCCGGUUUCGAAGGUGACGGCUUCAUUGACUGUUGGCCCAAGGAUCCUGCUAACCUAUGCGACUGCCGUGGUAUGUCAACCUCAAUUGCGGGCUGUUCCAAUGGUAAAUGUCGUUGCAUGUCGGGUUUCAACAGCGGUCGUGAAAACUACUGCAAGGAGUGUCGCGGUCAUUCCGAGUGCGCUGUCAAUGCUCAAUGCACCUAUGAUCGUAAAAUUCAACACUUUCGAUGCGUCUGCGACGAGGGUUACCUUGGAGAUGGUGCUAUUGCCUGUAUCUCGGGUUCCGUCGCCAAUCGUACUGAUCAGGCUCAAUGUCGUGUCCCUUGUCAUCGAUUUGCCACUUGUGAUGAGUACGAUGGACGCUGCAGGUGUCGAUCUGGCUAUGUUGGAAAUGGCUACACUUAUUGUGACUUUGAUUGCAGCCAGUGUCUUGCUGAAGCUAAAUGUGUACCAGAGUCUAGUCAGUGCGUCUGUCCACAAGGUUACACCGGUGACGGUAUUCGCAUGUGCAGACCGGCAACUAGUCAGGGUCCAUUCUCUCUGAGAAUUGUUAAAGAUAGCAAGACCAUUCGAGUGCGUGAGGGAUCUGGAGCUUUGACAUUAAAAUGUGUGCUCUCUGGAGAUGUCCACAAUCUACAAGCUCGGUGGUUAACCCCACAAGAUGUUGGCCGUACUAUUGAGCAGGUUACUCAUGAAGGACGUGAGUUGUGGCUCACUAUUGAUCAACCAGUGGCUGAAAACUCUGGCAUUUAUGUCUGCCAAGCGUCGAGAGUAUCGGACACAGUGAAUGUUAUUGUAGAAUCAAGACAACAAACUCAAACGAAACAGCUAUUCCUUACUAGUGACAAUGGUAUCCUCACAGUUCAAACCCAGGAUGAACCAACUGUGGCUGCUCAGAUCUGGCACAUCGCUGAAAAUAGCAAGCACAAACGAAUAGCCAUCACAUUGGACUGCAAAACAGAUCGAUUGAUCUACACCAGUGACCUUGGGCAUGCCAUCCGAUUCGGUAAUGCUAGCAAGUCUCGACUGAAUCAACCACCAGAGCUCAUCUACCGCGACAACUUCGCCAAAUUCACGUGGAUUGCUGUGGACCCGGCAUCUGGAAAUAUCUUCGCCAUUGACGACGAACAAGGACGUAUUGUUGUUGUGAAUCCUGAAAAACCCAAUCAAGUUUACACACUAAAGAAACUCGCUGAUCGGAGACCAGAUAUCGGAUUUGCUGCUGGUGGCAUCGCUGUUCAUCCUGGCCUAUCAUUGGUCUAUUAUGCCCAAAUGGAGGAGAGCGAAUCCGGAGCUAGAGAGAGCGUGAUCAAGGUCAUCUCAAUGGCUGACCCCGAGAAGGUCGAUGAGAUUACCCGCGUAGCUGGUGCCCCAAUCUCUAUCAGCCUUGCAGUAACCGAUGACAUGACAGGAAGUAGCAAUACAGCUGGCCGACUCUGUUGGAUCCAACGUCGCCAACUCAUGCCCUACUCAAGAACUGAAAUCUACUGUGCUCAAUUGGAUACAACCGGUAGAGCAAUCCAUCCGAAACAUCUACUCAAGGGCUUCGAUUCCAAUGAUGAACCUUCAUGUGGUCUAAUUCAAGAUGAUUAUACAGUCAUGUGGACAAGCCUCUUCAAGUGA